UUAGGACAAAGCCUCAAUAGAAGAAGUGAUGACAUCAGACCUCAUUAAACAAUUCAACAUUGGGAGGAGGGCUCAUAAUUUAUGCUCAAUAGGUUUGUGGAGCAGGAGUUUUUCAGGAAAUGUGAGGCUCUACUUUAUGGGCCUUUCUUCAUACAAAUCAAUACAAGGCUGGUAGAUCAAAAUCCGGAACACUCACACCACAUGCCAUUUGUUUACCCAUUCUCAGGAUGAGAAGCAGCUGCACAAGGGCUAUGUGCACACAAGGGCUAUGUUCUCCCAACUACGUCUUGGGGACUGCCUUCACAGGACAUGUUUUCCUGUGAGGCCUUGCCAUGGAUCCAGGGGGCAACAGUACUGUCUCCCCACAAGUGUACCUCAUUCAGCAACCAAUUCCUCAAGAGCCAGAAGUGACCAUUCUCCAACAGAUGCCACCGACAUUUCCUCAGUCCAGCUGCACAAGCCACUUCAGAGAAAAUUUAAUAGAGCUAAUGAUGAUACAAAAUGCCCAGAUGCAUCAAGUGAUAAUGAGCAACCUGGCUAUGUCAGCAGCAGCAUGCUUUGAAUCCAAUCCAAGCCAGCAGAUACCCCUUAUUCCCUGGCAGACAGAGGAUGAAGAUGAGAUGGACAUGGUAUUCCACCACCAUUAUGCACCCUAUCCAUUCAUCCUUCCAUUCAGAACAUGGAAGCCUCCAUCUCAACCCUCAAUUUUGACACCACAGCAGCCCAUCAUUCGCCAUGUGGGCCCAGAUCAUCAGUCAACAAGGAGACAAGAUGAUGGUCAAGCGGUACCCCCACCCCCACCACCAAGUGCCACUGGAACUGUCACAGCCGAUAUCUUACCAGCUUCAGAAUAUUACGACUACACUGAGCAAUGGAAGUGAAAUUAAAGUUUCAUCUAUUCUUCCUACAAAAAGAUGCUGAUUCCUAGCUGCAAAAGGCCUAAAAAGAUCUUCUGAAUUGCACCGGAGUAUGGCAGGAUAAACUUUGUAUCAUACUGUUUUCCUAAUAGGAUCAAAGCCUAGGAUCAAAGCUAGUAUGUUUAUAUUUGUGCACAUAUUUCAAACAUGUGCACAUAUAAAUUGUACAUUAUGUUCUUGUGGAAAAUGAAAGGACUCUUACGAAUUCCA